AUGUUUCGUAAUUUUACGGCUGCCAUCUUGCUCUUUUUCUUCGGCUUAUCUUCAAAUCUAAUUGAUUACGCGUCUGUUGUAUUUAUCCCAAGCACGUUUAGUCUUUCUACAUGCUCGAAAGAUUCAGUCCGGAAUUUCGAUCCGCACUUGCAGGAAGCCGAUUCGCAAGAAUUCGAAGAAGUGGAACUGGGCACAGAUACGGAAGCGGAUAUGAAUACUGAAGAAGAUGUAUGUUUGUUGGGUUAA